AUGAGUGACUCCGAGGCGCCCUUAUUGCCUCAAAGAAGAGACGAGACAGAAGAUGUUGCGACCAUUGAGCAAGAACUCCCAGACUUGCCUCCAAGUGGUCCAUUAAGAUUCAGGGCGGAUGACAGUUUUUCCUAUAUAUCCUUAGUGAGGCAGUUGGAAUUGUACAGAUCGUCUUUGAUGAGUAACUGCUACGAUAUUCUAUCACUAGAUCCAGUUGUUUCAAAGCAUGAGUUUGUUGAGGAAAAUUCAUUUUGGCAAAGCUUUUUAAAUGAUUAUAGUGAUGAGAUUAUACGCAAUGGUGGAGUCGCCAAAUUGGAGAGUGAGAUAAUUUUGGGUAUACCAUCCCAGCUUAGACCUCGUGUUUACUACAAGGUAUUGGAUAUAAGAUACAAGUUCAGCUCCAAGCGUCUUUUGGAAAAAUACAUCAAAGCAGAUGAGGGGACUACGCUUACACCCGAGGAAACUGUUGGAGUAGUGUAUUCAUUUUUAAAGGAUGUUGGUGAAGACAUAGAUGAUCAACAAUUGCGAAAGAUUUUAGUAAACUCGGCUAAACUCGUCAACUUUACAAAUGAGCAAAACUUUUUUAUCCUUCUCAAGUUGUUCCAGUAUUUUCAAACAGUGAAACAAAAUGAGUUUACAUAUAAAGCUAAUCGUGCAUUAGAAGACUCAUUACUGUGCUAUUCCCACUUAUCAAGCCAAGGAGUUGUGUGGAAUCUGUACUAUAAAAAUGUAUUUGCACUUCUUUUGCAAAAAUUUCAAGAAACCUUGCUUGAUUUGUUAGUAUUUGAAGGCAUUGAUGUUGUUCUUCGGAUCUUAUUAUGGUGUUUUGUACACCACCAAGACGAUUUAACAGGUUUGGCUGGUGACGAAUUAUUACGCUUUAUCAGUUCAGAUGAGUUUUUUGACUCUGCUCAAAGCAAAUUUGCUGAAAUCCUAGCACUUGAUCCGCCCGUUAUUUCAUAUGAAAAUGAGUUCUACUUAAUUACAGCCAACUCUCUUAGUAACAAUAGGAAUGAGUUGACCAAUUUGCAAGAAAUUCAUCAAGACUUGGUUGUCAAAAUCGACGGUAUGAAGAACAAAAUUGAUCAAUUACAGUUAACACACACCGAGAUUUUGGACCACAAUAAGCGAUUCACUGGGGAUCUUGCCACAGCUAGUGAAGAAAAUGCUGCAUUGAAUGAAAAGAUGAACUUUUUGCAACAGAAAUAUGAAACACUAACAAUGAAACAGAACUUGAAAAAUACGCUACAAGCCAAUGAAGAGUUUUCGCAAAGAAAUGCCGAUCUCAAGCAGCAAGUUGAAAAGUUGAGAAAGACAAUCGAGCUGAAAAGGACUAAACUUGCAAAAUUUGUUUAA